AUGGCAUCUAAGGAAAAUCUCUACAUGAAGAAAUGUGCUCACUCUCCACUUUGUCCGAUCUGUGAGAAUGAAAUCGAAUCCAUUGAGCAUAUUCUGUUCAAAUGUCCAUGGACUAAAGCUGUUUGGUUUGGGUGUGGCCUAACUUUCUGGAUUAACGAGCAAUCGACAGUAACGAUGGAUAAAUGGGUGGAAGAUAUUCUAUGUGGUAGCAUGGCUAAUGAAGCCGGAACUGAGGUGGUAGGUCUGGUGUUUCAAGUAUGCUGGUCCAUACGGAAGGCGCAUAAUGACUGUGUUUUCAAUGGUAACCUUCCUAAUCCUGAUAGAACAAUUGCCAUGGUAAACCUUGCAAACAUAGAUUACCUCCAGGCCAUGUACAAGAGAUCUGGACGAAUCAUUGCCUCCUCGGCACUCUUUACAGAAGCUUGGGCCCUUCGUAUAGCGUGUGGGGUUGCUACUGCUAUGGGCAUUAUGGAUGCAAUUUUUGAAUCUGAUUGCAAGGAGCUGAUCAACUGUUUUUUGAAGGAAGGCCACCACUGCCAAUGGGAAAUCUCUUCUCUGGUUGCUGAUGUCAAAUGUUGGGCUAAAGGGAGAAACUGGAAGUUCUCAUGGGUCUACAGGGAACAAAAUCGUGUAGGUCACAGGCUUGCUUCUUCAAGUUUUGAUAGGAAUUCUGGUAUUUAUCCAGGUUGUAUCCUGCAUGGGAUUGAGGAUCUCAUUGCUAGAGAAAAACCCUCUUAG